AUGGAUAUUUUAAUAACGUUAUUCUACCUGCUGUUUUCGAUUAGCAUUGUUAUUCCACCCACGGAAUUUGUAGCCGCUGGAUUCACUAUUCCGCAAAUAUUCGAGGGCUUCUUGGGAUCAGAGAAUGUGAACUUUAUAGGAUAUCACAUGAAAAGGAUCACCAUCACGGCAUUCGUACAUUGCUCCCUGCCCCUCGGAUAUGUGUUCAGCCUUUGGCUAGGCGGUGUACGAGGGCCGUGGAUGUUCUCGUCGGCAGUGGCCACAGCCAUGAUACCAAUGCUAAUGUGCUACAAGAUCAUUUCUUGGUGGGAGUAUGAAAAAAGCAAACAUCCUGUUGUGAAACCAAUGAUAUGUUACGCUCCCCCAGGCAGCGACUGGCGUGUAGUUGCUAAUGAUAUCAACAUUGCUUAUCGAAGUGUUGACAAAGUGUGCCUUCCACUUACCACUACUUCAAAGUUCGUGGCAACAGAUACUUGGCUCAUCAGGGUCACACAGUACGGAAUAAAUAUCAUUAAACAGUGUGACUGCUCAUUGGUUGCUACCGCUACCGACGUCCACGACAUCAGUAUGCACGGGGACGAUGAGGUGCAGUAUGUCAACAUCAAAGUGAUACCGUCCCGUGCGGACAUACAGCCCUUCGAGGUCAGGAUGACCACGAACGCCCUGCGCGAGCUCCAACAGAAGCUGGCGAGGCCGGUGCAUGUCCCCAGCAACAUACCGCUGCUGCCGUCCGUCGUGGAGAGGUUCGUGACCGUCUUCAGGCAUCACGUCGAGCAGAAUCCGACUUACUACGUCGAUCAGGAGUUGGAGCAGUGCAUCGGCUGCAUGCAGAACAUCGCCGACGUGAAGAUCGACAGGCGAUGCAUGCCUUUGCCGCCGCCAAUGGACGCAUUAUCACCGCCGUCUUGCCAGCAGUGCAAUUGCAGGGUGCUGUGGUGUUGCUCGUGCAUGGCGCGCUGGUGGGCGGCGAGGAUGGGGGGCGGGAGGGGGCCCGGGGAGGGGAGGGGCGCGUGGCUGGAGGCGCGCGGCUCGUGCCCAGUGUGCCGCGCGACCUUCUGCGUGCGCGACGUGUUGCCCGCUCGCAGGCGCGACUUU